UUAUAUAUUAAAUUAACUUUCUUAAUAUUCUCACUUUUCUUCUGAUUGCGCGUUACACGAUAUAUGGUUAGACAACACUUUCUAGUGAUUAUUGAUCUGCUAAAUGGUAUAGCAUUAGUGGAAUUGAAUGUACAGAGUUUCCAAGGUACCAUUGUUUGUCUGUAUUUCUAACGAAGUUUUUACCACGAAACUAAUCGAUUAAAAUUUUUUACUUUUAAGACUUCUGCCACAUAUGCAUCACGGGAAAUACAAUACGUAAUAAUUCUAAAAAUUAUACACCAUUAUUCGCCAUUUGUUCUGUGUUCAAGCGCAGACACAACGUACUUUCCUCGACUAUUACUUUCUGAAUCAUAAUCACGCAUGUAAUUCAGUCCCCUUCAGUUAGAAUAACUAAUGCAGUCGUACUUUAAAUGGUCUUCAGUACACGCAAAAAAUACGAGAAUCACUUAUAUCUUAUACAUGGUACACAUCUUUAUCGUAUGUAUGUACCUUUGUCGUAGGGUAAUCUUCUUGAAAAAGAGAAAAGACUGAUAUUCGUUUGAGGAGACGUAUCUUUAAUUUUUUUUUGAUGCGCGUUUAGAAGAUAAUAUUCAACGCAUCGGCGAGAUUAUAGGAUGUCUGUAUGGAAAACGAUUGAAACUGUUAAAUUACGCUAUAUAAUGAUGAUUGAUCGUUGGUCAGCGGAGUGGGGACAAAGAAUACGGGGAUGUACUUGGAGGAUCGGACGAUGCUCUUUCAGUUUACCAUACACGCGAGUGCUGUGCAUAUUUCGACUUUUAUUUCCUUGUGUAUUUCCUUGUGGGUGGUUGAAAGAUGUUACUCACGAGCACGAUCAGUUCACCGUUAAAGAUCGGUCUUCAAAUCCUCGGCGUUUGGCCGGACAUGCCAUACACUUCUUUUCAUCGACUAAUUUAUAUGUUAUCUAUAUUGAUUGUACAUUAUUUUCAACAAUUGUAUCUAUUUGCGAACUGCAAAUUCAGCGAACUGGAGAAUCUCGUAGGGCCAUUAGCACUGGCUAUAUAUUACAUGAAGGCGAUCCUUGAACUGACGACACUUUGGGUGAAUCGUCGAAGGAUUCGCGAACUACUGGAUUCUAUGGACAUUGAUUGGCGCGAGUGCGUUAACAUCGAUCAGCAUUUGCACUUAAUGAGGACGAAAGCUAGCAACUCACAAUUUUGCCUAAUCGCUUUCUUGAGUUUCGUCUUGCCGUCCGCAGUAAUCUACUUCGGGGGUGAUAAUGCGAUAGCUAUCAUACAUCUAGUGAACGGUGACAAUUAUACUUCACGACCGUUUCCUAUGAAGGUGCUAUUUCCUUUUGAGGCUGAGCAAUCACCGUUCUACGAGUUGCUGGUCGCUUUAUUAUUUCUGCAUGGAAUAUUAACGGUGUAUACGGUUGCUAUUAUAAACGGGCUAAUCUUUUCUCUGGUACUUCAUGUAAGCGGACAAAUUGAUAUAAUAUAUCAAGAAUUGAAAACUAUAUCUAUGAAAGUGAGCUAUAUCGGAUCUGAUGACUUUACAAUAGGAAUGCUGAUCGAAAAGCACAAUAAAGUCAUCGAAUUUGCCGAAAAUGUCGAUAAGCUAUAUUCCUUCAUAACCUUUUUGCAAAUUUUUCCUAAUACUUCACUUAUUUGCAUACUGGCAGUCAUCGCUAUCGUUUCUGUUAAUAGUGCAAAUGACGUCAGUCUAGCGAAAAGUGGAUUAGCUUACGCCGGUAUAACGGCGGAGAUAUUUAUAUUUUGUUUUAUUGGAGAAUAUCUUGAUAUUAAGAGUAGGUCACUCGCUGAUGCGGGGUAUAACUCUUUAUGGUACAAUAUGUCACCUAGCUACAGUAAAAAUGUAUUGUUCAUAAUAAUGAGAUCUCAGAAACAAUUGACCAUUACGGCCGGUGGAUUAAUGAAUUUAUCACUAGAAGUCUUUACCAGUAUGAUGAAAGCUUCGGUAUCGUUUAUAUCUGUUUUGCAUGCAAUGUAUUGAUCUUAUUUAAAAUUAUAAUAUGAUAAAAUUAAAUUAUG